UUCCGGGGAUGCACCAGCACCUUACCCUCGUCUUUGUUGUGUAAUAACCUGGAAAGUACUCUCUCUCGUGCUUGGGUUACCCCUCAUCAUAAAAUGCGUAACGCUCAUCAUGAAAUGCCUCCACGCCCCCGCACCCCAAGCACUGAUGCCAUACUUGACUUGACUUGACACACAGAUACUUCAGUUGUUCAACAAGACAAGUCACGAAAGGUAAUUAAGCUAUCAUGGCAUCACCUCUGGCGACCCACGAGGCCGGUCCUGCGUCGUCGCCCCCGGCAGCGCCUGCAGUGGCGGCAGCAACACCGCAGGCUGAGGGCCCGAUUGAGGUCGAACCCGAGAGCACGGACGAGGCCGACUCCUCUUAUGGAGAUCAGGUAACUACUUUCACGGCGUCCUUGACCUCGAGCCUGGUCAACUACCCCAUCGAGCAUGGCAGGCAAUACCAUGCCUACCGCGCGGGCUCUUACCCCUUGCCCAACGACGAGCCUGAACUCGAGCGCCUCGACAUGACUCACCAGCUUAUGCUUGCUGGCCUCAACGGAAGGCUGUAUCUUGCCCCUGUCGACAUGGAAAAGGUGCAGUCGAUUCUCGAUGUCGGCACGGGGACAGGCAUCUGGGCCAUUGAGAUGGGCGACAGGUUUCCCAAUGCCGAGGUCCUCGGCAACGAUCUCAGUGCCAUCCAGCCGCAUUGGAUCCCUCCCAACGUCAAAUUCGAAAUCGACGACGUCGAAAGCCCCUGGGUCUACAGCAAGCCCUUUGACUUCAUCUUCAGCCGCUACAUGGCCGGCAGCAUCCUAAACUGGCCCGCGUUUGUCCAGAACGUCCACGACAACCUUGCACCCGGCGGGUGGGCCGAAUUCCAAGACUACGACGGCGAGUGGUACUCGGGCGACGGGUCGCUGACCGCAUCGCACGCGACGCGCACGUGGAUGAACGGGCUGAUCGAGGCGGGCAACAAGCUAGGGCGGGACCCGCAACCGGGCGGGAAGCUCGAGGGCUGGGCGCGCGCGGCCGGCUUCGCCAACGUCGCCCACCGCCGCUUCAAGUUCCCCAUCGGGCCGUGGGCCCGCGACCCCCACCUCAAGCGCGUCGGCCUGUGGAACAUCACCCAGGUCCUCGAGGGCCUCGAGGCCUUCUCCCUGCGCCUGUACUGCGACGUGCUCGGCUGGAAGGAGGACGAGGUCGUCGUGCUGCUGGCUAAUGUGCGCAACGAGCUGAAGAGCGGCAAGAUCCAUGCGCACGUUGAGCUGCAUGUUGUCUAUGGGCAGAAGGAGUAACCAUCGUAGAUGGUCGUCAUAUCUCAUGUGCAGGGCAAGAUCGAGUUGGCUGCGAGUGCUCUCUUUCAUCCAGAACCAAGUUUCAAAGCUCAGACACGCAGUUGCCACCGAGCAAUUAUCUCAAACCAAUCAAAAGAUCACAAUUAGCCAGUGUACAUAACAGAUAGCGAACCUGGAAGUCACGAAAUAAUGGCAAUAAUUAGAUAAUGAGGAUUUAGCCAUUGUUUGCAGGGUCAAUAUGGU